AUGGCGGCGGCAGCAGCGGCAGCAGCAGCGGCGGCCAGCAACGUAGCUGGCUCGGCCACCGACGGAGCAGCCGGUGACUCCUCGUCCUCGCCCGCGACAACGACGACAUCCCACUCGACCACCAGUACAACAAGCACGACGACGACAACCACCAGCACUACCACGUCGUCAAGUACUUCGUCGACUCCCACCCCAACCUCAACCACGACGACUACCACGUCGACCUCCACGACUCCGUCAACCACUUCUACCCCGAGUACAACGGCCGAGACCACCACUUCCGAUGGCACUACCAAAACCAUCAUCGUCACGUCGACGGACUCUCCCACCACCUCAUCCAGCACGACCUCCUCUGCAACAGCCACCGCGUCUCCAGCACUGGCAGGUACCACCACUAGCAAUGGCUCUGGUGGCCUGUCCGCCGCAGGCACCAUUGCCGUCGCCGUCGUCGUGCCCGUCGUGACGGUGGCCUUGAUCAUCCUGGCGGCGAUCUUCUUCUGGCGCAAACGGAAGGCGAGGAAGGCGGCAGAGGAAGAGCGCCGCAAGGAAGUGGAGGAGUAUGCCUUCAAUCCGAACCACGACCCGACCCUGCCCGGCAUGGGCGGCAUUGCAGUGCCCAAGGGCGACACCUCGUCCGGCUAUCGCGGCUGGGGCACGACGUCGGCCGGCCGCAAGGCCUCGACCAAUCUGUCGAGUGGUCUGGGCGGCGUGGCCAUGUCGGAAACCAGCGGUCCCGGUUACCAUCACCCCUCGCCCAGCGAAGGUACCAACCAGUACUCCGACGGCAUGCGCCCGGGUUCUGGGGAAGUGGAGGGCGUCGGCCCCAUGGGUGCCGUGCCCACGGGUGCUAAUCGCGGCGACAUCCAGCGCGGACCGUCGAACGCGUCCUCCGCCUACUCAGCGGGCAACCACUCCGAGGUGUCGGAGGAGAGCCACAUGUCGGGCGCGCACCCGUCCGGCGCCUACUAUGGGGACAAUCCGUACUACGGCGAGCAGUACGGGGCCUAUGGCGAUGACUCUUACCAGCCGGUGAUUCGCGAUGUGCAGGCGCGACGCAACACGCACAUCGAGAACCCUGGAGUAUACCCGCGACAAGGGAAUGCGGGCAUUGCUCAGAAUUUCUAA